AUGGCACCGAUUUGGGGGCUGGCCAUCCCGCCUCCAUCAUAUGUCAGCCUUCUACUAUUAUUUGGUUUCCUUGUUUGGGGGCUUUGGCUGCUCUUUUUUGGGAGACAGAGCAGGGAGCAGGUGGUAGCCAAGACAGACUCAGAGACUUCAAAGCAGCAUAAAUUGAAAAAGAUCCAGAAACUCACAGCUUCCCAGUGGGAAGAAAAUCUCAGGAUGGUUUGCCCUGAAGCUAAUCUGACACACUUUUCAGGACUCCCCGUGGGAUGGGCCCAGGAAUAUAUACUCUGGUCAAUGGACAGAAGUCUUCAACAGAUCUUCCAACAUCUGGAAUGUGCAAGAUCAAGUCUUAUGGAAUCGUGUUUGCCUGAACCACAGGAUAUGAUUUCUUCCUCCACCUCUUCUGUGCUUGUGGCUCAGGAGCCUAUUCUACCCUGUUGUGGCUGUAAGAAGGCAAAACAUUCUACAGACCACAGCAUCUCCUCUGGAUCAUCAGGCAACAACUCCAGCCUGUCACACCUUCCUGUCUUUUCUGAAGGAACAACCUGGAAACUCCGGAGCCAUAGUUUACCUCUUUUACCCAAAAACCAGUCUUCUGUGUUCAGGAACCAAGGCACAUCCCUACGUCCUUUUCAGCUCUCAGAGUUUGGGAAAUCAAAACUUUUUCAGAAUUUGGCAGCUCUUUCACCCUUAAGAUCCCAAAGCUCUUUUACCAACUCUGUGUUUGAAUCUCCAGAUCUCUGCCAACAAGAAAAAACAAAGAAUGGGAGAGAGAGCAAGAGACAUUGGACAUUGGAUCAUGGGCCAGAUUUUAUUUUCAAGGCAAGACCACGAUUCUCGGGAUGGGCUCCAAUCCGACUCUCUCCUUUGGCUAGGUGGGAGUUAGAGGGACAUAUGGCCUGGAAGGUUUAUACUUUGAGGGAACAAACAGUGCCUCUGCCUGUGAGGGAAUCAUGGGCAAUGCUGAAUUAUUUAAUUGAGGCACAAGGAGGAGUUCCUGAACCAGAGAAACCUCAAAUCCAGGUAUCUAUUCCCAUUCAUCAAAGCACUGAACAAGGUCUCAACAAUAAAUCCCCAAACUGUCCAUCAUUUCAGCUCCAUGUGAAUAUUGGAGUGGAAUCUGGAUUAAAUAGAACAGAAACAAAAAUUUCACAGUCACUUAUCCCAGGUAAGCAGUCACAACCUGGGGACAGCCCCCAAAUCCUUGAAACCAGGCCCUUAGUUACAUCUUUGGGCACUCCACCUUCCAAAAGUUUAGGAGCAGACAUAAUUCAAGAGGAAACCACUUUACUGCAGAAGGAGCCAAAACAUGUCCUGGAACCUAAUAUAGAGCAGAGGGUCAUAAAUCUUCCAGAAAAAAGGAUACAACAGCGUAAGACCCACGUGACUAAUGUGGAGUUGGCCCCAAGGCUACCAUAUCAAGUUACAGAUAGCAUAAAGGUAACUCCUUUGGCAUUACUUCAAGUCAUGGAUUCAAUGGGGUUGAUCCCAGAAUCACAUUCAGAAGUGAUAGAAUCUGUGGGUUUGUUCUCACAGCCACCAGACAAAGUUGGGAAACCAAUGGAAACCAUGGAAAAAGUGAAUGUAAGCACAAAACCAUCAUAUCAAGUCACUGAAUCAGUGGAGGUAACACCAAGUCCUCAGCAUCAAGUUAUGAAAUCAAAGAUGACCUCAAGACCACUGAAUCAAGUCACAGAUAAUAUGAAGGUAACUCCUGUAGCAUUGCUCCAAGUCAUGGAUUCUAUGGGGAUGAUUAAUAAGUCACAUGCACAUAUCAUAGAAUCAGUGGGAAUAACCCCAAGAACAUCAUCUCAAGCCAUGGAAUCAGGGGAAAUCAACACAUUGUUGGACCAUGAAGUCAUACCACCAGGAAAGAUGAGUCCAAAGGCACAACAUGCAGUUGUGGAAAGUGUGGAAAUCACUGUAGGACCGCAGCCUGAAGUUAGUGAUUCAGUGGACAUAACCUCAAAGCCACCAAGUCAAAUCAUAGAACCACUGAAGUUUCCUUCAGAGCCAGUAUGUCAAACCACAAGACCACUGGAAAUGAUCUCCAGUCCAUUGCAUCAAGUUAUGGAUUACACAAAAGUAACUCCAGUGGCACUAUUACAAGCUAUGGAUUUCAUGGGGAUAAUUCCACCAGCACAGCCACAUAUUAUAGAAUCUGGAGAUUCACAAUCUAAAAUUGCAAAUUUGGCCCCAGGAGCAACUCAGCCAGAUGGUUUGACUUCUUUUAGCUCUCCUCCUACUAUUGGUCCACCUGGAGUUGUAGAAUCUGUGGGUUUACCCCCAAAGCCCCCACUUAAAGUUACAGAAUCAGUAGGGAUGAUUCCAAAGCCAUCACAUCAAUCCAUACAUUCUUUAAAGGUAGCUCCAGUAGCACUGGAGUCACCCAUGGGAAUGAUCAUAGCACCACAAUCACAAGUUGCGGAAACUCAGGAUUUGACCACAAGGCCAGUAUCUCAAGUCAAGGAACCUCUGGAGUUGACUCCUGGGUCAUGGAUUCAAGUGCUAGACUCUGUGGAGAUGACUCCACAACCAUAUCAUCAAGGCACAGAAACUAUGGAAUUAACCCCAGGGCUACCUCAUCAAGUCAUGGAAUCUCCAAGGUUGACCCAGUGGCAUCAAAUCUUAGAAUCUUCAGAGAUGAGUCCAAGGCAAAGCCGUCAAAUUAUAGAAACCAUGGAGUUGGCCUCUGACCCUGUAAUCAGAAAUCUGACUGGGUCGACACAGUCACAGCAUCAAAUAAUGGAACCUUUAGGGACAGUCCCAAGGUCACUGGGUCAAAGCACAGCAUCUAAGGGAAUGAGCCAAAAGCCACUGCAUCAAGUCACAGAAUCUGCAGGAAUGACCACCCCAUCACUGCUUCCAGGUGUAGAAUAUUUGGGGGUGAAGCCAAUGCCACAACUUAAGGCUAUGGAUUCUAUGAAGUUAUCCCCAGGAUUGCAAAAUGUAAAAUCCGUAGACAUAACCCCAGGUCCAGUCCCACAAAUGGUAAAAUAUGGACAGCCAAUCCCAACUGUGAACCCUAUAGAAUUGGUCCCAGAACUUCAACUGCAGAUUGUAAAAUCAAAUGAGUUGGCCCCUAUUCCACAGCUGGAAAGUGAGAAUUCUGUGCAGUUAGCCCCAGGGUCUCAGCUUCAAGGUGUGAAAUCUAUUCAUUUAACCCUAGGAACACAACAACAAAGUGGAAAAUCUGCUGAGUUAGCCCCAGCACCACAGUUGCAAAAAAGGAAAUCAAUAGAUUUGAACUCCAGUUCACGGUUGCAAGGUCUGGAAUAUGUUCAUUUGGCCCUACCACCAGAGUUUCCAGAUAUAAAAGCUGUGGAGUUGACCCUAAGACCACUACAGAAAGAUAUGAAAUCCGUGGAGUUGGCCCCAAAGCCAUGGUUACAAGAUGAAAGAUCUAAGGAGAAAGCCCCCGUACUAUUGCUUAAAGAUAUGAAAAUUCCUCAAAUGGUAGGAUGUAGAAAGUUGAUUCCCAAAACACAGGUAGAGGGUAUGAAAUAUGAGGAGCCGAUCUCAGCGGCCCCCAUUCAAGCAGUAAAAUCUGUAGAGCUGAACCUCAUGCCAAAUCAUCAAGCCAGAGAACCUGAAGGAUUGACCCCAUGGCAUCAAGCUUUAGAAUCUUCAGAAAUGAUCACAGAGCCGGGAUAUCAAGGAGCAGAAGCAGAGGUGACCUCUGACAUUUGUCGCCACAGGAAAGAAUCUAUGGAGUUGAAAAAAUCAUCUUUAAGAAGUACUCCAGGGCCAUUGAGUCAGACUUCAGAAUCUAUGCAGGUGAACUCGGUGCCAUUCCAAAGUGCUCUUGAGACAAUGCUCCAAGGUGUAAAAGCCUUGGAGACUCGAGGGUCUCAACACAUAAUACAAGAAUCUCCAGAGUUGGUACCAGGAUCAGAGAUGCAAGGAAUGAACCCAGAAGUGUUGAACCCAGAGUCCCAAGGUAUGAAGGUUGUUCAUCUGAAUCUAGGACCAUAUUCAGAAUUUAUGAACUAUAAGGAGUUGACCUCAGAACCACAAUUUCAAGGUGUGAAAUCUGUGCCAUUGACCUCAGAACCGCAGCCCCAAAGUACAAAACCUGAGGUGUUGACUCUAGGCCCAUUAAUGCAUGGUAAUACAUUUAUGGAUUUAACUGUACCAGUGGAAGAAUCUAGGAGGUUAAUUCCUGAAACACACUUACAUGUUGAAUCAAGGAAACUAACCAUGGAACCACAUUUACAAGCAAUGAAAUCUGUGGGUCCAACUUCUAGACCAAGGCAUCAAGACACAGCAUCUGCAGAGUUAUCUUCUGAGACCUGGCCACAAGAGGAGGAAUCUGUGAAAUUAAUCCCACAGCAAGUCGUGGAAACUACUGGGAUGAUGCCCAGGCCAUGUUUUCAAAAAUUUUCAGAGAUGACUCCGGGGCCAGGCUAUCAAGACACAGAAACUGCGAGGCUGGUUUCUGAGGCUUUGCUCCAAGUGACAUUAACACAAAAACCAACAGGUCAAGUUAUAGAAUCUACAGGAAUGACUCUAAAACCUCACCUUCAAGUUUUUGAGGCUUCAGGGAUACCCCUAAGGUCAGAAUAUGAAAACACAGAAUCUUUUGGGUUGGCAUCGUUUCAAGUUGAAAAUAUCCAGGAGACAAUGCCAGUACCACCAUAUUCAGUAAAAGGAUCUCCAGAAUUGACUUUAGGACCAGGGAUGCAAUAUGAGAAAUCAGAGACACUAAUGCAAAAUUUGAAAUCUGUGACGUUAACCCCUGAGUCAUCCCCAUUAGUGGUAGGAUCUAAACAAUUUAUCACAGGACCAAAACUACAUGUUCUGGAGCCACAGUUCCAGGGAGUAAAGUCUAUGCAGCUGGAUCCAGAGCCACAAUUACAGGAUGUGGAAUAUGUUAAUUUAAUCCAACAACCAGCUACUACUGGAAUGGUAGAAUCUGAGAAGCUGGUACAAGAACCAGUACUACAAAGUAUAAUAUCAGAGGAAUUGACUAAGGGGGCACAGCUUCAAGGUGUGAAAUUGACCCCAGGGCCACAUUUACAAAGUGUCAGAUUUUCAAAGUCAUCGCCAGGGCCACUUCUUCAAGGAGAAAAACCUGUAGAUUUAAUCUCAGGGUCACUACAUCAUAGUGUGAAAUCUGAUGAACUGACCCCAGAUUCCCCAAUGCAAGAAAUCAAAUUGUCAGAUUUUAUCCCAGGGCCGAAGCAUCAAAGUGUUAUGUCUGUACAAUUGUCUCCAGAACCACAAACUCAAGGUAUGAAAUUUGUGGAACAAAACUCAGGACCAUGCUUGCAAGAUGUCAGGUUUUCUGAUUUGACCUCAGCACCAAAUCAUCAAGGUUUCAAACAUGUGCAGUUUAUACCGGGAACACAGCUUCAAGAUAUACAGUCCUUAGGAUUUGUAACAGAAUCAUCUUUGCAAUCAAGCCAAGGGCUCUUGAGUGAAAAUACAAAAUCUCUUCUGUCUGUUGAAGGAUCACAGUUUCACAGCAUGGAAUCUAUGAAAUUGACCUCAGAACUACAGUUUCAAGGUGUGAAGUCUCAGGAAUUGAACCUAGGACCAAGACAGCAAGAUGUCAAAUUUUCUGAACUGACCUCAGGGCCAAAGCUUCAAGGUGUCAAAUUUGGGGAGCAAACCCCAGGAUCAGUGUUUCAAGGUGUGAAUUCUGUGGAGAUGCCUCCAGAUUUAGGGCUCCAAGAAUCUAAAUUAGCAAAGACGUCUCCAGGGCCUCAAGAUAUAAAACAGGUGGGGCUUAACCCAGGGCCAUGGCUACAAGAUGUCAAAUUUUGUGAUCUGACAUCAGGAAUUCAACCUGAAGGUGUGAAAUCUUCAGACUUAAACUCAGGGCCACAACUCCAAUAUGCGAAAUUUUUUGAGUUGUCCCCAAAGCCAAAGAUGCAAGGAGUAAGAUCUAUGGGGUGGUCCCCAGGACCUCAAAAGCAAAUGGUCAAGCCUGAGAUGUUACCAGAGACACUGUUUCAAGGUGUAAAAAAUUUAGUGAUGGAUCAAAUGUCAAAUCUGGAAGGUAACAUUUCUUAUAAAAUUGUCUCCCAGCCACAGAAACCAGAUGCAAAAUCUAUGGAGUUGACUCCUGAGUCACAGUUGCCAAGUGUAAACUAUUCUGAGUUGACUAGAAGACCACAGUUUCAAGGUAUAAAAUCUUCUGAAUUGAUCCAAGGGCCACAGGUGGGAGGUGUGAAACCAAUGGAGCUGACCCCAGUGGGCUCAAAACUUCAAGGUUUAAAAUCUGAGUUGUUGAUCUCUGAGCUGAAAGAUGUGAAAUCUAUGGCCUUAACUACAGGACAGUGUCUAAAAGGUAUGAAAUCUAUGUUGCUAACCCCCAGUCCACAGCUGGAGGGUGAGAAAUCUGUGGAGAUAACUGCAGUACCAUGGAUAGAACAUGUCAAAUCUGUGAAAAACACCGAAGAUACCAAGCUUCAAGGUGCAAAAUCUGACUUGAUUCUGCAUGCAAGAAUUCAAGAAUCCAAAGCUGUGGAAACUGUGGGAUUGAAAUUUGGGCCAAAGAUGCAAGGUGAGAAAUCUGUGCCUUUUGCACCAGGGCCAUUGCUCCAAGGGUCUGAACUGCAAGGUGUGAAACCUGAGGAACUGACUUUAGAGCCACAAACGCAAGAUACAAAAUUUGUCGACAGUACCCCAUGUUUAAAGCAUCAAAAUUUAAAAUCUGUAGAGGAAACUCUAGAUUCAGAGCAGCAAUGUGUAAAAUCUGUGAAGUUGACCCCAAGGCUAAAGAACCAGGAAGUAAAAUCUGUGAAAGUGACCAGAAGACCAAAGUUUCAAGGAGUAAAAGCUGUGGAUUUAGCCCCAAGGCAACAGUUUCAAGGGAUGGCACUUGCAAAUUUAAUUUCUGGACUGGAACAAGAUGGCACGAUAUCUGUAAUCUCACCAAAGCAGCAAUGUGUGAAUUCAGAGCAAUUGAAGAGAGGGGCUAAGUCAGAUGAUGGGAUGUCUUUGGAGUUAAGUCCAGAGCUAAAACUUGAAGGUAAAAAAUUAGUAGACCUCAAUUUUGAGUUACAGUCUGAAAGUAUGAAAUCAUUUGAAUUGACUUCAGAAUCAAAUAGUCAAGGUUUAAAACCUAAAGAAUUCAAACUUGAACCACUUGAACCACAGUUGCAAAGCAUAAAGUCUCCUAAGUUGACCCCAGGGCCACUGUUGCAGCAAAUAAAACCCUCAGAGUCAGCUUCAGAACCACAACUUUGUGUAAAAACUGCUGAGUUAAAACAAGAGCCACUGCUUGAAAGUAUGAGAUGUAUUCAGUGGAUACCAGGACCUAAGUUCCAAGCUGUGAAAUCUGUAGAGUUAAAUCUCGGGUCACAGUCUCAAAGUGUUAAAUCUGUAGGGUUGAAAUCUUCGAUACAGUUAAGAGAUAUGAAGUCAUCUGAAUUGACUCUAGGGCCAAAACCUCAAGGUGCAACAUAUACAGAGUUCAACCUUGGGCCACAGCUGCAGAACGUGAAAACCCCUGAGGUGCUCCCAGGACCACAGCUGCAAAAAGGGAAGGCUUUGGCAUCAACCUCAGAGCCACAGCUUCAAGAUGUAAAAACUAUUGAGUUAAAAAAAGAGCCACAGCUGGAAAGUAUGAGAUGUAUUCAGUGGAUACCAGGACCUGAUUUCCAAGGUGUGAAGUCUAUGGGGUUACAAUCUCAAGGUGUCAAGUCUGUAGGGUUGAAAUCUUUGAUACAGUUAAGAGAUAGAAAGUCAUCUGUGUUGACUCCAAGGCCAAAGCUCCAAGAUACAGGAUCUUUGGCGUCACUCCAGGAACAUCAGCCUCAAGAUUGUGAUUUGAAACCUUGUCUACAGGUUAGAAGUGUGAAAUCAUGUGAUCUGACUUCAGGGUCAAAGCUCUGUGAUAUGAAAUCUAUGCCAUUGAAAUCUAGGCUUUGUGUGCAUGAUAGGAAAUCUCCUAAAUUGACUGCAGAACCAAAGCUUCAAGAAGUGAAACCCUUACAGUCAUCCCCAGGAGCGCAGCUUCAAGUUGUGAAGUCUCUAGUGCUUACAGAAGAGCCACAGCUUCCUGACAUGAAAUCUGGGGUAUUAAGCCAAGGGUCACAAUUACAAAGCAGUACAACUAUAGAGUUGAACUCCCCACUACACUUGAAAAGCAUGAAGUCAUCUGAGUUGACUCUUCAGAGAAAGCUUCAAGGUAUGAAAUCUGAGAAUUUCAACUCAGGGUCACAGUGGCAAGAUCUAAAAUCUUCUAAGUUGUCACCUGAGAUAAAGUCCCAAGAUAUGACAUUUACUGAGUCAAAUCCAAGUUCACAGUUGGAAGGUAUAACAUUUUCUAAGCUGACUGCAGGGACAAAGAUUCAAGGUACCAAAUGUACAGAUUUCAACCUUGGGCCAUCAUUACAAGGUGUGAAUUCUAAAAGGACCUCAAAGACAAAGCUUCAAAAUGUAAAACAUAAAGAAAGCUGCCCCAGUCCCCAGGUGCAAGUUGUGAAAUCUGACCUGAGCCUGGGAUCAGAGCUUCAAAAUGUGAAAUUGGUGUUCAACCCUGAGCCACAAUUUCAAGGAGUGAAAUGUUCUAAAUUAAUCUCAGAAAUGAAGUUUCAAGAUGUGGAAUCUGCGAAGUUCAAACCUGGGCCACAGCUGAGAGGUGUGAAAUCUUCUGAAUUGAUACUAGGGACAAAACUUCAAAAAGUGAAAUCCAUGGAUUUGAAGUCAGGCCCACAGUUGCAAGAUAUGAAAUCUUCUAGGUUGAUCAUGGGUAUAAAACUUCAAGAUGUAAAAUCUAUGAAUUUCAAGUCUGGACCACACUUGCAGGAUGUGAAAUCUUCUCAAGUCAUCGCAAGGAAAAAGUUUCAAGGUGUGAAAUCUGUGGAACUGAAAUCUAGUCCAAAGUUACAAGGUGAGAAAUCUUCUGAUUUGACCCCAGGGAGGAAGUUUUCAGGUGUGAAAUCAGGCCCACAGUUACAAGAUGUGAAAUGUUCUGAGUUGAUCAUGGGUAUAAAGCUUCAAGAUAAAAAAUCUGCAGGGUUCAGUUCUAGAUCACACUUUCAAGGUCUGAAAUCUUCUGAAGUGAUCCCAGGGCCAAAGCUUCAAGAAGUGAAAUCCUCUGAGUUCAACCAUGGUCCAAAGCUACAAGGUGGGAAAUCUGAUUUGACUCAGAAGAGGAAGCUUCCAGGUGUGAAAUCUGUGGAGUUCAACCCUGGACCACAGAGACAAGGUGAGAAAUCUGAUUUGAUGCUAGAGUAUAGGCUUCAAGAUUUGCAAUCUGUUGAGUUAAAACCUAUUCCGCAGUUACAAGGUGUAACAUCUUCUGAGUUAACACCAAAAACAAAGCUUCAAAGUGGAGAAUCUGUGGAGUUCCUUACCAGACCCAUGUGGCAAGAUAUGAAAUCUCUUGAAUUGACUCUAGGUGCAAAGGCCCAAAAUAUGAAAUCUUUGGGGUUUGAGUCAGCCCCACAGUUACAAAAUAGGAAAUUGCCUAUGUUGACACCAGAGGCACACCUUCAAGGUAUGAAAUCUAUGAAAUUCAACCCUGGGGCAAAGUUCCAAGGUGCAAAAUCUCCUGAGUCCAUAAAGCUUCAAAUAAUGAAAACCACAGAGGUCAACCAUGACCUAGAAUUCCAGGUUGCAAAACCCUCUGAGUUAGCCUUGGAAUCAAAGAUUUGCAGUGUGAUAUCUUCUGAGUUCAAAGCUGGGAAGCAGUGGCAAGAAGAGAAAUCUUUUAAGUUGAAACCAUGGCCAGAGCUUCAGAGUGUGAAAUUUGUGGUCUACAAUCCUGGACCACAUUUGCAACAUAUAAAAUCUUCAGAAUUAUGUAAAGAGACAAAGCUUCAAGAUGUGAAAUCUAGGGAAUUCAAUCCUGAGCAACAGUUACAAGAUGUGAAAUCUGAGUUAUGCCAGGGAUCAAGGCUUCAAGGUAUGCCAUCUUUAGAGUUCAAUCCUGGGCCACAGUUACAAGAGAUAAAAUCUGAGUUGUGUACAGACAUGAAGCUUCCAUAUGAGCAAUUUCUGGAAUUCAAGCAUCAGCCUAAAUUACAAGGUGGGAAAUCCUCUGAAUUUAAUCCAGGGCCACGGCUUCAGUGUGUAAAUGUUAGGGCAUUCAGCACUGGGCCACAAUUGAAAGGUAUAAAAUCUGAGUUGAAUCCUGGGCCAGAGCUUCAAGGUAUAAAAUCCCAGGAGUUCUGCCUUGGGCCACCUUUACAAGGUGUGAAUUCUUCUGCGUUUAUUUCAAAACCAAAAUUUGGAUGCAACUCUGAGCCACCCUUGCAAGGUAUAAACCCUUCUGAAUUAACUUCAGUAUCAAAACUUCAAGGUACAAAGUCUUCUGAGUUGAGUUCAGGGACAGAAAUUCCAAGGGAGACAUCUAUGGUGUUCAACCCUGAACCACAUUUGCAAAGUUUGAAAUCUGAAUUGAUUCCAGGGUCAAAGUUUCUUGGUGUAGCACCCAUGGAAUGCAACCCUGGGCCACAGAUGAAGUGUGUAAAUUCUUCUGAGUUGAAUCCAGAGCUAAAAUUACAAUGUGUAAAUUCUAUGGGGUACGAACUUGGGCCACCUUUGCAAGGUAUACAGUCUCUCGAGUUGACCUCAGGGGUUAAAUGUCAAGGUAUGGGAUCUUUUGAUUUGAAUCUGGGGUCAGAAGUUCUAGGUAUAAAAUCUGUUAUGUUCAACCCUGUGCAACAUUUACAAAAUGUGAAAUGUGAAUUGACUCCAGGGACAAAGUUUCAAGAUAUAACAUCACGGGAAUUCAACUGUGGCCCACAGCUGCAAGGUGUGAAUUCUUCUGAUUUGAAUUUAGGGUCAGAACUUCAAUGCAUAAAUUCUAUAAAGUUUAAUCCAGGGCCACAGAUGCAAGGCAUGAAACCCUCUGAAUUGAACCCUACAUCAGAAUAUCAAGGUACAAAAUCUAUUCUGUUCAACCCCGGGCCACAUUUGCAAGGUGUAAAAUCUUCUGAGUUAAUUCCAGGGACAAAGUUUCCAGAAAUCCAGUUUUUGGAGAAUCACUGUGGGUCACAGCAACAAGUUGUGCAGUCAGUGUUCACUUUAGGCUCUCCAUUAAAUGGUAUGAAAUCUCUCUUAUUUUUACCGGAGCCACUGCUUAAAGAUGUAAAGUUUGGGAAGAUGAACAAAGAGCCAUUGCUUUGUGAUGCAAAUUCUGUGAAACUGAUUUCAGGCUCUGAGCUGCAGAACUUGAAAUGUGAGAUGUUUGCACUAGAGCCAUGUUUAAAAGAAAUGAAAUCUGUGGCGUUAAAUCCAGGGCCACAUCCUCAAGGUAUGAAUUCUGGGGACUUGCCCUCACACCUCAGGCAGCACAGUGUGAGAUCUGUGGUGUUUGCACCAAAGCUGUGUUUUCAAGAUAUGAAAUCUCUGGAAUUGAAACCAAGGCUACAACCUCAAGAUGUGAAUUCUAAGGAUUUGAUUUCUUGCCUCAGGCAGAAAUCCGUGGUGUUUGAAUCAGAGCCAUGUUCUCAAGAUGUGAAAUCUUUGAAGUCAAACCUAUUGCCACAGCCUCAAAGUGCUAAUUCUUUAGGGUUGUCAUCACGUCUAAGGUCACCAAGUGUUAACUCUGAGGUCUUUGCACCAGAACCAUGUUUUCAAGAUGUGAAAUUCGUAGAGUUGACACCAGGGUCCCAACAGCAAGGUAUGAAUUGCCGAGAGUUGAUUUCAGGAUGGCAAGGUAUGAAAUCAGUGGUGUUGGCACCAGAGCCAAAUAAGAAGUUCAUACCAGGACCAAUGUUGAGUAGUGUUAAAUUUUCAAAUUUGUCUCUAGAAUCACAGCAACAAGGUCAGAAACCUUUGGAGUUUACUCCAGAACCAAAGUUUCAAAGUAUAAAACAUGUGAAAUUGUCUUCAGUAUCUCUGCAACAAGAUAUAAAAUCUGUAGAGUUACCACCGGGGUCACUGCUUCAAAGAACAAAAUCUGAGGAGCUAACUCCAAAAAGAAGCUAUCAAAUCACAGACUCCUCUGAGAUAAGCCCUAGGCCAGAGCUUCAGUUUGUAGAACAUGCAGAGAUGAUCCCAACACCAAAGCAUCAGAUCUCUAAAUCUGUGAAUUUGAUUUCAAUACCAGUUUAUCACAUCACAGAAAGGCUGGCACAUCAAGGCAGAGAAACUGUAGAAAAAUCUGUGGGGUUCACCCCAAAGCCAACAAGUAAAGCCAUGGAAUCUUCAGGAGUGCCUCUAAGGCUAGAUCUUCAAGUACCAGAAUCUGUUGAUCUGACUCCUGUGCUAAGGAAUCAAGACUCUAAAUCCUUAGAGUUAACCCUAAAGAAAAUCCCAGAAACUCUAGAGUUGCUCUCUCAGUCAUGGCCUCAAGUUAAGGAUUUGGGGGAGUCACAUACAAGGCCACUGCAGCAAGUUGUAGGAUCUGAAGAGAUGACACCAGAGCCCAAGCAUCACACUACAGAAACUAUGGGGUUGACCUCCAAGGCAGGGCCAAAAGGGAAGGAAUUCUUUGGAAUGACCCCAAAGCCAAUAAGUAAAACCACUGGAUAUGCAGAGAGAGUUCCAAGGCCCUAUCCUCAAGCACUAGAAUUUGUGGAGAUGAUCUCUGAGAAAAGACUGCAAAGGGAAGAAUUGAAAGCACUGACUACAAAGUCAUUACAUCAUGUCCCAGAAUCUCCAGAGCUGACACCAGGGCUAGGAUAUCAAGUUCCUGAAUCUGUGGGUUCAACCUCUAAGCAAUGGAUUCAAAGAGAGGAAUCUUUAGAUUUGCCCCCAAAGCAAACAGGUCAAGUUGCAGGACAUGUAGAAUCUGGAGAGCUCACAUCUGAGACAUGGCAGCAAGGGGAUAGAUCAAUGGGGCUGACACAGUCACAGAAUCAACGUAUGAAAUAUUCACAGACAGCUCCAGGACUACGGAGUCAAAUUACAGAAUUUAUGAGGAUUACUCCAAAGCCACUAGAUCAAGUCACAGGAUCUACAAAGAUGCAGCUUCAAGCUGCUCAACCAAUAGGAAUAACCCCAGUAGCCCCCACAAAAGUUGUUGAAUAUGUGAAAGUGACUCCUGGGCCACCACUUCAGGUUGUGAAGUCUGUAGCAUUAACACCAGGGCCAGCCUCUCAAAUGGUAGACUAUGUUGAGUUGACUCCAAAACUGCAACAUGUGAGACCUUCUGAGUUUACCUCAGGGCUAUGGUUGCAAAGUGUAAAAUCAAAGGAAUUAACCACAGAGCCAAAACACCAAAUUUUGGAAAUAAUGAAGUUGGCAGGGUUUCAAAUUGUAAAGACUGUGUUAAUCCCAGGGCCACCACUUCAAAUUGUAAAAUCUGAGGAAUUAGCACCAGGACCAAUUCCUCAGAUUGUAGAACCAGUAGGAGUAGCUUUAGGAUCAGCUAUUGAUUGUUUGGAUUUAUUCCCAAGGCCACAUCUUCAAGAAAUGGUAGAACCUGUAGAAUUAACUCCAAGGCCAAAUACCGAAGUAAAACCUGCAGAAUUACACUCACAGCCAGCAUUUUCUUUUGAGGAACCUAGCGUGUUCACUCAUGAACAAGGGCUUCAAGCUGUGAAAGCAAUAGGGACAAAAACAGGGCUUCCUCAAAGCAUGGAAUGUAAGGAUUUGAAUCUAGCACAGGUAUAUCAGAAUAGGGAAUCUGAGGAUUUUAUGUCAAGAGAGGAGUUACAAAUAGGAAAUUAUUUCUCUAGAUUUCUACAGAACUCUUCAAACUCACUCAUCCCAAGCUCUGUCGAAGCAUCUGAAUUAGGAAGCCUUUGUGAUUUGGAGAUGCCAGAAGUAUCAAGGGCCUUGGAUAUUAAAAACCUUGGGACAGAUAUUUUGCAGCCUGAAGAGUCCUUUAUAGACCCUACUAUGAUACGAGCUUCAACCCUUCCCUUGUCCCUUCACAAUCAACCCUCUGAUAAGAUAGCUAACAUUGUAGAAACCCCACAUUUUGAGAUCCCAGGAGUGGGUGUCAUAUCUAAGAGGAUGGAUAAGAAGCAGGUGGAAAAGCUAGAGAAUUCACUCCAGCGCCUAUCCCAACAUCCACUGCAAAGCUGGCGAUCACCAUCUAGGAACUUCCAGUCAGGAUCAGGAACUCAAAGAGGCUUUACCUCGUCUGUCCUGGGCAGACAACAGAAUGUCUGGGAGAAUCACUCCUGGAGACAGCGACUACCUAGAAAAUAUCUCUCCAACAUGUUAAUGCUGGGGAAUGUCUUGGGAACCACUAUGGAAAGGAAGCUUUGUUCUCAAACAUCUUUAAGGGGAAGAUGUCAAUCUAUUCAGAAUUUAUUUGGGGUUCCAGCUGAACUGAUGGAAUUUUCCCAGAGUCUGCUAGAGAAGAGUCGAAGUAUUAUUUCUCAGACUUCAGUGUCCAAAAACUACAUUCAGAGACACACUUCAUGCCAUGGUCAUGAGCAAAGAAUAGCCUUAAGGAUGUGGACACGUAGCUCCCUGUCCUCCAUAAUACAGCAAUACUCUGGGACUAGAACGAGAAUAAAGAAAAGUUCGAAGCUCAGUGAUGUUUCCCAGGAAGUCAUUCAGCACAUGCCUGUUUUAUGUACAGGGGGCCAGCCUCCUGCCCCAGUAAGUUUAGAGUCUUCCUUCAAUAUAGUUUUCACUAGGAAAGAUUCUAUUCCAGUGGAAGAGAGUAAGAACUCACAGAGUAAUUCACAGACAAGGAUUUUUGAGUCCCAACAGUGUCUCAAGCCAAGUUAUCUUCCCCAGGCCAAGACUGACUUCUCAGAACAGUUCCAGUUGCUACAAGAUCUGCAGCUAAAAAUAGCAGCAAAACUGUUAAGGAGUCAAAUACCCCCAAACGUACCUCCACCUCUAACUUCAGGUUUGGUUUUAAAAUACCCUAUCUGCCUACAGUGUGGCCGAUGUGUAGGAUUUAAUUGCUGUCAUAAAUUACAGGGCACUUUUGGGCCUUACCUUCUUAUCUAUCCACAGCUCCACCUUGUAAGCACUCCUGAAGGCCACGGAGAGAUUAGGUUGCAUCUUGGCUUUAGGUUGCGAACUGGGAAAAGAACCCAAGUCCCAAAGUACCACAAAAGAGACAGACCCAUCACACCAAGGAGUCCUAUAUCACCAUCACUAAGGAAAGCUAAAGUCUAUACUCGAGCUUCCAAGAGUCCUACUUCUACAAUAGAUUUCCAGUCUGGAUCUUCCCAAUCUCCUGUACAAGUCCACAUCAGGCAAAGGCAGUAUAUCGUCCCUGACCUAGGAAAGACAGAAAUUGGAGAGCUGGGGCACUAUGAAUUUACUCAAGUUCACUCUCUACCAGAGAGUGACUCUGAAAGCAAUCAGGAUGAAAAAUGGGCUAAAAGGAGAACCAAAAAGACCCAUAGUUCAAAAUACCCAAUGAAAAGAAUCACUAAGGGAGGCAUAACACAAAACACAAAGUUCUACACAAAUGGUAGAACCACAAUACGGAGUCCUUCUAGGGACUUACCAGCCCAGUUAAGAAGGAAGAGGAAUGGAGCAUCUCACACAAUUACUGCCUCUUUAAAAAGACAAUCUAAGAAAUCCUCCCAACCCAAAUUCAUUCAGCUGCUUUUUCAAGGCCUAAAGCAAGCAUUCCACGUAGCACGCAGAAUUAUGGCUUUUGCUGGGCCAAAGCCUAAGGACAGGUCAAGGCCAGACCAUUUGCGCUCAAGCAAAAACCACCAUCUAAAACAAAAAGCCAGAGAUUAUUCCUUAUCAAGAGAUAUCAAAAGAGACAGGAUGCCAGUUGUUAAGCUAAAACGAACAGACAUAACCACUAAGCAGGAGAAGAUAUUAUGGGAAGAAACAGAGCAAUUCAGAUCAGCUCAACAACCAAAAAGAGAUAGCUCUUUCCAACUCAGACGUACCCAACUGCCCAAGCCCAUAGUUUCCCAAAGAAGUGCCAUUUUCAAAACCACUUCAGUCGGACAGUGUAUGGGUAUUGUUCAAAAUGACAGUAGCAGCAAAGCUAAGAAAAACUUCUGCAGAAGUGAAAUCUCUAGCCAGGAGUCCAAGAACUCCAAAACAGGGCCCAGAGUUCAAGCCCGAGGGAGAAAUCUACAUGGUUCACUUAAGAGAACCUCACAGAGUCACCUUAAAGAGAAACUCAUGCCCAAGAAGCGAAACCACCAUAGCUUCUUAAGGGAGAGAACCCCAUGUAAUUCCUCUGAAAGGAGCCAUCGCAGUCCCUCCGAGAGGAGAUGUCACAGUCCCUCUGAGAGGAGAUGUCGCAGUCCCUCUGAGAGGAGCCAUCGAAGUCCUUCUCUAAAGAGCCACCAGAGUCCCUCUGAGAGGAGCCGCCGAAGUCCUUCUCUAAAGAGCCACCAGAGUCCCUCUGAGAGGAGCCGUCGAAGUCCUUCUCUAAAGAGCCACCACAGCCCCUCUGAGAGGAGCCAUCGACAUCCUUCUCUAAAGAGCCAUCACAGUCCCUCUGAAAGGAGCCAUCAGAGUCCCUCUGAGAAGAGAUGUUGCAGUCCCUCUGAGAGGAGAUGUCACAGUCCCUCUGAGAGAAGCCGUCGAAGUCCUUUGCUAAAGAGCCACCAGAGUCCCUCUGAGAGGAGCCGCCGAAGUCCUUCUCUAAAGAGCCACCACAGCCCCUCUGAGAGGAGCCAUCGACAUCCUUCUCUAAAGAGCCAUCACAGUCCCUCUGAAAGGAGCCAUCAGAGUCCCUCUGAGAAGAGAUGUCGCAGUCCCUCCAAGAGGAGCCAUCGAAGUCCUUCUCUAAAGAGCCAUCACAGUCCCUCUGAAAGGAACCAUCAGAGUCCCUCUGAGAAGAGAUGUCGCAGUCCCUCUGAGAGGAGAUGUCGCAGCCCCUCUGAGAGGAGAUGUCGCAGCCCCUCUGAGAGGAGAUGUCACAGUCCCUCUGAGAGGAGCCAUCGAAGUCCUUCUCUAAAGAGCCACCAGAGUCCCUCUGAGAGGAACUGUCGAAGUCCUUCUCUAAAGAGCCACCAGAGUCCCUCUGAGAGGAAUCAUCGAAGUCCUUCUCUAAAGAGCUGUCACGGUCCCUCUGAGAGGAGCCAUCGAUAUCCUUCUCUAAAGAGCCAUCACAGUCCCUCUGAGAGGAGCCAUCAGAGUCCCUCUGAGAAGAGAUGUCGUAGUCCCUCUGAGAGGAGAUGUCACAGUCCCUCUGAGAGGAGAUGUCGUAGUCCCUCCAAGAGGAGCCAUCGAAGUCCUUCUCUAAAGAGCCAUCACAGUCCCUCUGAAAGGAGCCAUCAGAGUCCCUCUGAGAAGAGAUGUCGCAGUCCUUCUGAGAGGAGAUGUCGCAGCCCCUCUGAGAGGAGAUGUCACAGUCCCUCUGAGAGGAGCCAUCGCAGUCUCCUUCAGAAAACUCAUCACAGUCCCUUAGAGGGGAGAGGACACAGCCCUUUUGAGAGAAGACAGCACAGGCCCUCUGAGAGGAGCGGUCGCAGUUCCUCAGACAGAACUCAUUGUAGUCUCUUUGAAAGAAGUGGACACAGGCACUCUGAGAGGAGCAGACACAGUCAUUCUGAGGAGAGCCAACACAGCCACUCUGAAAGGGGCCAACAUAGUUGGUCCGACAAAACCCAUCUCAGUCCCUCUGAGAGAACGCGUCACAGUCCCGCUAAGGAGAGACUCAAGCACAGAUCCCCUAGGGAGAGGCUCAGACAUAGUCUGUCUAAAGAUUGCAAGGGUUACUCAAACACAUCUCCUAGGGACCACACACAAAAUACUCCAAAGCAGGGCAAGUUUAGAGGCCUGAAGCUAACAGAUGAGAAGAGAUUCGCCCCCAUUAUUCAUUGACUGGCUCAAGUCUUCACCGAGCUGCCCCUUUCCUGGCUUCUUUCCCGCUCAGCCACUGUCUCCAAUACCUGCAUCCUCAGCAAUCAAAGAGCCUCUACGCCUCUCUAC